AUGUAUCGCGAGCAGACGCAUGCCAAGUGCAUUGAGACCCAUCUGAAGCGGAAGGGCUCGGGAAUCGCCGGCUUGGGCUUCGGAAGGAAGAAGACGCUGAGCCCCCUGCAGAUGGACGGCCUCCGCCCUCUCUCGAAUCACCCGAAGGCCAUCGACGCCGUGUACUUCAGCGGGGCGAGCGAGGAGGGGUGCUACUUGGUGGGGGCUGCGGCGAGGCGGCCCCAGGGCGUCGUCGAUGGGUAUCUUCACAUCAGGAUCCCGGGGGUGGGGCUGUUGCGGAGUCCGAAACUUCCCGACACGACGCUGAAGAUCGACACGGACGCGGGAGACGACGAGGAUCAAUUCGGCGCGGAGGGACUUCUUUUCACCCCGCUCGAACCCAUGAGACGCUGGGGAAUCCGCUACCACGGUCCCAUGAAGCUGGACGAGAAGACGGUGCAGGUGGAUCUCCAGGGCGAAUGGAUCAGCGACCUGGCGUAUUUCGACUUCGACACGGAUUUGAGAGGAAAGCAGUACUGGAUGGAGGUGAAGGUACUGGAAUCCCCCGAGCUGUUGAUAGCUGCAGACUGGGAGGCUCGAGUCGUCCUCCGCUUGGUCGCCUUCACCUGCAACCGCCUCAAGGGUUGGGGCGUCGCCGAGUGGCAAUAUCGCAACCCGGACGGGAGGAGGUUCCUGCAAUUGGCGGUGACGGUGCUCGCGUUGGGAGAUGCUGUCUUCGCCCAGAUCGCCUGGAAUGGAAACAACUGGGCAUUGGGAUGCGAUUUUCGAGGAAACGAUUUGUCCAAUGCUCAAAUACGCGGGGAAGAUUGCGGUGGAAGAUGCGCUGCGACCCAAGGAUGCACUCAUUUCACCUGGACCACGUGGAAUGGAGGCACCUGCUGGAUGAAGCAGGGUCAGGCUUCUCAGAGCGAUGCUUUCGCAACCGGAGACUAUUCCAUGGUGUGUGGUGUGAUUGGGCAGUCUGCUCCUUCUGGGAAGGCUGCAGGGAAAACCACUCGAUACUGGGAUUGCUGCAAACCC